CCGCCUCUCGCGUUUAUUCCUCGUCAUCUCUUCGCGUUCCACGAUCAAAAGACGACAUAUAAUCCACUCGCAAGGCUGACCCGUUGGCCUGCCCUUGACUCAACCAUGGGUGGUCCUGGUUCUGGGGGUUACAAGAACAAGCCGGGUGACACUGAGACCCAUUCAGCAUGGGACAUCAUUCCUCAAGAUCCGGGUGCGCCCCAAAUCAAUAAACUAGCACAGGUGCGAUGCAAAUACUGUGGAAGGGAAAUGGCGCAGCACACCUCGCGCCAGCGCCUCCAUCUCCUAGGUUGUCAACCAUACCUCGAAGCCAUGAAAGAAGCUGGAGUUGAGACCAGCAUCACGCGUCAAGCUGCAGACCCUCAAUCCUUUUUCAGGAGCAAUGAGUGGCCACACAAGUCGGCUGAAGCAAAGGCUCCCAAGGUCUUGAAGAUGCAGGAGCACAGCACGGCCGUGCGCAUUCAAGCGCUGGCCUUGGCCGAAGCCAGCAUCUCUUCAGAGAGAAUUCAAGAAAUCACGGGCAUGGAUCCCAAAGUCCUGGCUGGCUUACGCAGGCUUGCUCGUGAACGUGGUUACGAUCCCAGUAUCUCCAUGCAGCUGAAGGAGGAAUAUGUUCUAGACCCUCCCAAUGCCAAUCGUCCACGCGGUCGUCCCAAAAAGCGCAAGCCAGAAGAUGAUGUUGACCCAGCUCUGACCGGUAUUCAUGACUCGGCCCAAACCACUCCCCCAUUUAGUCAGCGCGAUAAUCUCCCGCCUGGACAGUGGAACUUCAUGGCUACACCGACUCAUGGAUAUACGAUGACUUAAGGAUAGCCACUAGGGUUCAAUCAGCGCCAGGACUGGUUCUGCCGCCCCACCCGAGAGAUCCGGCAAUCUUCACCCGGAACACUUUCCAAGAGGGGCUGAUUAAAAUCGUUGUCUGCGCAAGGUUAACAGGACUUUGACUUGGAUUGGAGCAUUGAUUCUUUGAAGAGAUUCAGAAUACACGGAUGGUUAUUGGUAUGCAGCGUUUAUGUUGAAGGGGUUUCUUGGUGUCGUAGGAGUAGGUGGGAAUUGAUAUGGAACAUGUUACAGUAUGUGGACGGUGUGUCUGAUAUGCAAUAUGCAACUUGCAUCAGCAUCAGUCACUACCAUGAUGGUGAAUUCCAAGGCUCAAAUCAUCUGCAACAGGAUACACAUCUUCCGGGCCGGGCAGUGCUACUCUAGCUACCAACUACACGCAUCUCCAUGGCAUGGCCAAGCUUCGGUGGGGAUACUGGCAGCUUUAUCUAUGUAUGAACGACUGCAAUGUCGCGACAAUCAGGUUUCUUGAAAUCAAAUUGCGACGAGUGAUUGCGACAGAAGACUGUGGACCACUCUCGGAAAGGAUCUCUGCCGUCGACACUUCCGACAAUCCUCGUCCUCUGCUAUAUGACAAGGACUGAGCAUGAAACUCGGAAAAGUGACUUUCCGUACUUUGCUGGCUUUGAUCAAUGUUGGGGCAAGGUCUCAUGGGCUAAGAGAUUUGAGGUGGUGGAUCUAUUGAGGGACCCCAUCCUCCGAGGGCGAGAUUGGGGUCUAACUCCAGCGGCAAUCUAGAUCGCACCAAGUCAACGUAAUGGGCCGGAAGUGAAUUAAGCGACACAAGGACGGUGCCGCGGGGCACAUUUUGUCUUCGCCCACGAAUUGACGGUGAAAGUGGACAAAGUAGAAUGCGACGAACCUGGCAAGGCUGAGAUGAAUGUCUUACCAAGACCCGUCGAAACGUGCAAGGCUCCAGGGCGUAAAUUCUCGCUUAAUAAUGCCAAGGCUGAUAAACCC